UCAAAGUUUACGAGAAGCGUCAAGUUGGUCCCUAUUAUAUGAAAAUGCACGUCUGGGUCCUAAAUGUUUGUUAAGUGAUUCAUGCGAGGUCCUUUUCUCGUCUGGGUCGUGUAUAUUUGCAUCUGAACCCUUAUAAGACUCUGUCUUUCUAUUCCCCAGUCCCUAGGUUUGCUCUUCCUCAGCUCUCUUCUCCAGCCGCCAUGUCUCUCGCUCGUAGCUCGUCUGGUGGCAAUAGAUCGAAGGCUUCGUCGCCGGUUGCAUCGCUGCCAGUAGCUUUAGGACCCAGAAGGCCUGCACCUCUCGGGUCAGCACUGCCUUUAGUUCCGUGUCCGUGCUGUCAAAUGCGCCGCACGGUUCGGUGCGUUUCCAGAUCAGUAGCUAAUCCAGGACGUGUGUUCUACAAGUGCCCUAAUCAUGGCAAGGGGAUGAAUCCGUGCAAUCACUACUACUGGGAAGAUGGGGAGGACAACUAUGUUGCAUUCCUAAUCGCAAAUGGAUUCAUCGCUGGUGGUGGCACUGCAUCUGUUGAUUAUUCGGGUGGCGACUUUCGGUUUGAAGCAAUUGAGGAGGAAAUAGGCAGUGGACUGAAGAUGGACCAAUUGGUUCCGAAAAUGGAACAAUGUCUGAAUAAGAUGGAUCAAUUGAUUGUGCUGUGUAGGCAUGUGAUUACUGCUUUGGUUGUGUUGAUUGCAAUAAUGUUGUAUGUGGCUGUAGCUAAGUAGAUUAUGUAGCAGGAACUAGCAAUGAAUCUUUUGUGUUGUUGAUUGCAA